AUGUCCAAACGCGAUUUGCCGCCAAAUUCAAUCAAUGAAACAAACUUUAAAAAAAUUAAAAGUGCUAACGAAGAAAAUGAGCGCGUCAUUCUCUUCCUCGAUAAUCAAGCCUCCGAUCAAUUCCAAUUGCAAAAACUCAACAACAAUUAUCUCCGGGAAAAGAUGAGCAGAAUUUCCUCCUCCACCCGAAAAUACUUUGAAAAUUCUUUUAAAAUUAAUGAUGAUUUUAUUCCGAUCGAGUAUUAUCAUGAUGGAGGCUAUGUGUUUAAUUUGUUUGAUGCUUUGAGAAGGAAGGGAAAGGAAGUUUCACUUUUUCAUCGAGAUAUUCAAUUUAAGUUUUCUCCAUUGUUAUUGCAGAGUGAGGAAGGAGUGAUGAAUUUACAGUUUCUCGACAAGUUAUUGGAAGUGAAUGGAACUUUUAUUAAUAGGGCACCGAAGGAGUAUAGCUUUGAUAAGGAGGUGAUUAGGAAGGUGAUGAAAACCUAUGUUGGAGCCUAUUAUAUGCUUCCACAAGAAUUGAAGAAUGAUAAAGAGCUGGCGUUGCUGUCCAUUGAGAAUAAUCCGAAUUUAUCUUCAUUCUUGCCAAAUCAUUUGAAGAGUGAUAAGGAAAUCUUUAUGAAAAUUAUUCAAGAUGGGUGUUAUAAUGGACAAGCAUUUGGAUUGGCCUCUUAUGAAAUUAGAUCUGAUAGAGAAAUUACUUUGCAACAUGUUGCAAAAUUUCCUAAAUCUAUUAGAGAAGCAGCAGAGGAGUUGCAAUCUGAUAGGGACUUUAUUUUACAAUGUAUCAAAAUGAAUGGAAUGGUCAUUGAGUUUAUUGACAAAAAGUUUCUAUUCGAUAGGGAAAUAAUAGUGGAAGCUGUUAAAUAUAGAGCUAGUCCUGAAUCAAAAAAGUUCCCUAUAGACUUUGCCCCAAACUCCUUCAAAUCUAACAGAGAAAUUAUUCUAUCCUCUGUCUCUCACUCUGGUGCUUCCCUCAAAUCAGUAUCGAUUGAUUUCAAAUCAGAUAGAGAAAUAGUACUUGCUGCUGUGAAGCAAAAUGGAGAAGCUCUGGAGUAUGCCUCUUCCGCACUGAAAAAUGAUAGAGAAAUUGUUAGUACGGCCAUUCAAAAGUGUGCAAGCUCCAUUCGAUUUGCAUCUUCUGGAUUGAAAAAAGACAGAGAGUUGGUCAUGCAAGCAAUCAAACAAGAUGGUACUUUACUCUUUUUCUUUGAACAUUUUCAAGAUGAUAGAGAAAUGGUAUUGGAAGCAUUAAGAAAUAAUGGUUCUUUGGAGUAUGCCUCAGAAGAAAUAGAAGCAGACAGAGAAAUUGUACUCGAGGCCAUUAGAAUUAACACUACAAACCUUGAUUAUGCAUCUGAGGAGCUUCGCUCAGACAAGGAAAUUGUUUUGGAAGCUAUUAUCUUGGAAUCUAAGAAAGAGGCAGAACCUUUCGUUCAGCCAUUCAUCUAUGCCACCGAAGAGUUGCAAAAUGAUAAGGAAUUUGUUAUUCAGGUGGUUCAAAUUGAUGGGUCAUCUCUUCAAUUUGCAUCAGAGGAGUUGCAAAAUGAUAUCGAUGUCAUCAAGAAUGUUCGUGUUGGAAGAAUUACCUCACCUGAAUUAUAUGGAAACUUGUCACGAAAUUUUGAAUUCGUAAAGCAAAUUGCAAAACAAAAUUUCAAGCUUGUCAUUGAUUUUGUUUAUGAAAAUAAUCCAGAAAUUACAGCAAUAGGUUUGGAACAUUUUGGAUAUUUUUCUACCUAUUCCAAACAACAACAUUAUCACAGAUUAUCAGUCACCUAUCCUGAAUUGGAACAUGUAGAAAAAUAUUAUCAAAUACGUUAUUAA